ACCGCCGGACACCCACCACCGACACACCCACACAAUUCGUUGCCGGUAGCGUAGCGCAGACGUUCUUUGCCUUGGUUGCGUCCUCGCGGCCAGAACGACAACCACCACAACCACCACCACCACAAAAAGCAACGAGAAGAGCAUGUGGCAGCGAACGCGGACGGCGGCCGGCCCCUGGAUCGGGGUGCUCUGCGCGGCGGCGAUUGCGGCGGGGAGGCACAAGAGCGACGGGACCCCGAGCGAAAGCCAAAGCACGGGCCAAGGGACCCACCGCACCGCCCUGGCGGAGGCCCUCUCCCCGGUCGUUCGCGGCUUGCACGGAGCCGGCGCCGGUGCCGUCCUCUUUCCCGGCGACCGGCCGGCCCCGGCGUUCGGGGCCCCCCUCCGGGCCCGGGACCACCCCGGGGGAGACGGCGAAGCCGACCAAAACCAUCCGCCCACCCGUUCCCGUUCUUCCCCGCUCCUCCUGGCCACCAGCAGCGCGUCCCCCCGCCGCGACCCCCUAGCGACGCCCGGCCGGGGAACCGCCCCCGGGCACGCCAUCUUUGGAACCCUGUGGGGCGGGGGGGCGAUCGAGCGCUACGACGUCUACCGGCCCGCGAGCCCGGAGGCCGCGAGGGAGACCGCGGGGGAGCGGAACCGCAGGGAAACCGAGCGGGAAAAGCAGCGGCUCGAGCGCAGGGGCAAGAGCAAGAGCAAGAGCAAAAGCAACAACCACGCCAAAAGCAAGAGCACAACCGACCACGAGGAGCUGGUCGUGGAAGCCGACGUGCGGUUCGGAACCCGCCUCAACGGCCACACGGGCAUCGUCCACGGCGGGAUCCUGAGCCUGGUCUUUGACGAUCUCAUGGGCUUUGCCUGCGACGAGAUGCGGGGGUCGGGGGUCCCGCGCGGGAUGCCCGUGACCGCCAACCUGAGCGUGGACUUUCGGGCACCGGUCCCCGAGGGGACAGCGGUCAAGGUGGAGAUCUUUCUCGAGCGGAGGGAGGGCCGCAAGCUCUUUUGGAAGGCGUACAUGCUGGGCGACAACGACGACGACGACGACGAAAUUCUCUAUGCCGAGGCGACGAGCCUGUACAUUCUUGUCGGCAAGUGACGACGGGGUACGCAGCUUUCGCGGAGGAUGGGCGCAAAGGAAUGAUUCAACAUCCCCCACGGAACGGCCUGCCUCCACUCACUGUAGCCUCUGCUCCGAUGAGGCCGGUGAAUGGAUUCGCAUCGCAUCGCAUCGCAUCACAUCGCACGGAUAUCGAUAGAUCAUUCGGUUUGAUUUGGUUUGAUUUCGCAAUGAACCAGUAGGCGGUUU